AUGCAUGCCACAGUCGACGAUCCAUUUUCCUCUGCGACUGACAUCGCAACGCACCCAGUGUCCGUUCAGUCCGCAUCGCCUCCCCCCGCUAGCUCCAGCUCCCCCAAUGAACACGGUCCCCUCCGCCGCUUAAAGUCCAAAUCCUCCUUGUGGAGUAUAGGAAGCAGUAACCACGAAGACGAGCCCGCCUCCGAACCAUCCAGUGCUGAGAAAAACGCCGGUAAACAGUCUAUCUUCCGCCGCUUGUCUCCCGCCCUCGCGGCCCGGGUGAAGCAGCUCGACGGCAGCAAUAAGCUGACCAGCGCGCCUCGGCAUGCUGGCGCCAUCGGUCGGAUUCCAGAAGAACAUCUGAAGGAACUUGAUAGUCUUCACAAGGACCUGUCGAUUAAAGUUGAGAGGAGAGGUCAGGCGUGGAACGGUGUAACAUUUACUUCCCCGGUAUCAACAACAUCAACAGAAGCCUCAAAACGAAGCGCGUCAAACAGGCUCGAAUUACCGUCGAAAGAUCUUCUACAGGAGUUUGCCGAAGCGUGCGAGAAAGGGACGAAUUAUACUGACGCGGUUGCGGUCUUUGACGGUCCAGAACAACCUGUUCUGGCCGUUGCUCAGUCUCCGGUAACUGCCUCAGACCCAGAUCCAGAGAUAAGUGAGCCGCCGACAUCCAUGUCUGUGGUAGAGCCGGCCCCCGCGCCGUUGCGCGAUGUUCCCCAAUCAACGCCCCUGCCCGAGGACGAAGCCCAGGAUACCCGGACCGACUUCGAGAAAUAUGUCGACGAUACGAAACGCAGCGAAGAACAGGCCGAAUCUGCCCCGGAACCCCCACCUAAAGAUGACGCCCCCUCCUCUCCUACAUACGCGGUCUCCUCUUCCUCAAACACACAAUCUUAUUUCAACCCAAAUGGGUUACAACGUGCAGAUUCAAUAUACUCAUUUUCCCGUGCCUCCUUCAGCAACCAACUGUCUCAACUCACGUCAAUUCCUCUGCCACAACCUGGCGCUUUAGAAACAAGUAUCGGGAACAUCGCUACGGCCCUUGCUGCCGUUCGGGCUUUGAAUGGUGCUGCAGACCAAAUUCAGAUCUGGAUCCGGAAAGCCUCCGAUGUGCUGAGCGGGCUAGAUUCGGAAGAUGAUGUUGAAUGGGCAGCGGCGGGUGGUCGUGAGGGACUGGAAGGAGUGGAUAAGGCCAUUACACGCUUCGAAUCAUUGGUCAACGUAUACGUGAAAGCCAUCGAGAAUGUACAGCUUCGAAAAGACAUUUCCAGCGUCGAUUCUGAGAAUCUGAACACUAUUGUCAGUCAGAUGGAAAGCAUUUUACACAACUGGGCACAAAUUAAGAUCAAGCUGCGGGGUGUCAAAGCGCAAGUUGAACUCGCGAUGGAAUGGGAAGAAUUGUGGUCCAUUGUUCUGGGUGAUGUGGGCAUGGAGAUUGAUAAUCUUAGCGGCAUGAUUUUCGAGAUGGAAGAGAAAAGACACCAGGCCCUUCUUGACAACGGCGAGACUGCUGGUGGUCUUGAUAUUAACGAACUUGAGACCAUUGUUGAGGAAUCACCUACCAAGGGCCGAUCCCCUGCGAACAACCGGCUGAGUCUUGGACCUAUCUUGGCUGCAGCUUCCGGCACACCUGUCAUAAAAACCCCGCAGGAUGAUUCUAGCCAUUCGAACCUCAUGGCUUUGUUUGCACGAAUGCAACCUCUGCGGGCUUCUUUGGAUUUCUUACCCAUGCGACUAUCCAUGUUCCAAUCUCGUGCCGAGAGGGUCUUCCCCAGUGCAUGUGAAGAGCUUGAUGACCGUCGAACUCGCUUGGAAAAAACCUAUAAGGUGCUGGAGCAAGACGCAGAGGCUUUACGAAAGGAGCUAGGCGAAGAUAAAUGGAUUAUAGUUUUCCGCAAUGCUGGUAGCCAGGCACAGAAGAUGUUCGAUUCGGUUGAGCGCAGUAUUGCGAAAUUGCAGGAAGGUCUGGAAAGCAACGCGCAGGUAAACAACCCUGGUAGCUUGACGAAGCGGAUUGAGAACUACGAGGCGAAGAAGAUUCACUACGUGCCCGCUAUUGAGCGCGUCAUCUCGAUCAUACAAAAGGGUGUCAAUGACCGUUUGACAGUCAAUGGCGAGGUUUUACGCUUAUUAUCUGAUAUGACUUCGCGGACGGACGCAUUGAAGGCUAGUCUGAAAGUGAUGGACUACUCUCUUGAGGACGUACAGAUUGUCAAGGGGCAGCAAUUAAGAGAUUCCAUCUCCAGCAUCAUUACGAUGGAUAGCCCAGCUACGGGCAGCGCCAUUGAUACGCCUGGGAGCUCCCCUGCAUCAUCGGUGGUUCUGAGUGGCAAUGGAUAUAAGGGCGCCUCGACACCUCUCGGUGGCUCCAGUCGUCGCGAAAGCUCUGUGGGUAGCGCCACAGCCCGUUCAGCUAUGUCCCGUCGGUUUUCGGGUGUGCCACAACCUGCAACAACCAUGACAGGUCGCAAGUCCUCUAUUCCCAAACCAUCAGGUCUUUCGUCUCCAACACCAGGAAGUUCACACUAUGCCGUCACACCCACGCCAGCUGGACGCAGAAUAUCUCGCGUUCCGCAACCAUCAUCCAUACCCAAUCGUCCAAGAUGGAAUUCUAGCACCAACACAAACGACUUGGAUACCGGUCAUAAUUAUAGUAAGCCUCUCGGUACUACAACUCCUAAUGGAUAUCGUAAGAGUUCUGCCCCGACGCGUACACCUCGACCAGCUUCAACUGCCGCGUUCCGACGAGAUUUGUCUGCCUCGCCGGCACCCAGUGCUGGCCGAUCAAUCAGUCGCAUCUCAAAUCGCUUCGCAUCCUCGUCUCGGAGCCCUGUGCGCAAUGCUUCCUCUCCCACCCCUGCCCGUUCCUCUUUGCUCGACCCGCCACCAUAUAGCCGUCUUCGUCGGCCAUCGAACAUGUCCAGCGCCGCUACUGCAGGCAUGACAAAUACCCCUCGCAGCCGACAAAGUUUUGCCGGGGUAGGCUCAUCAUUCAGCCGUAGUGUUUCUCAUAACCAAGGCCCAGAUGAGAGUCCUAGCAAAUCUAUGCGUCCCGGCACAGCACUUGGUCAUUCCGGCAAUCGACGAACAAGUCUACUUCCCUUGCCGAAGCGCAAUGACAAGACAGCUACGGAGGAAAAGCUUGAUACCCGCCCACGUUGGCGAGCAUAA